ACUGCGCAUGCGCACAGAGUUGGGGUGGUUCUGACAGCAGAGUUUGAGUGGAAAUCUCUGUGAGUCCGGAUGGAUAAAACAUAAAACUCUUUAUUAGUCACACAUUUGUUCGGAGAAGUGCAACAGAGAGGUUUGGGAGUUACAGGACCAGCCUUCACUUUUUCACCAUAUGAGCCAGCCUGCAGCUUUUCCUUCACUCUUCAUUCCAUAAAACAGUGACUGGACCAUCCGGAUCCUCAUUGGCUUAACUUUGUCUCACCUACCGUGUUGUCAACUGUAAGCUCAAAUUUUUUGGACAUCUCCAAUCUGCAGCAUUCAUGGAGCCCAUUUAUGCUACCGGAAUGGCAGCCAAGCUGCGCAGUCAGUGGGACCGAAAUGAAGGCUUGGGCCAGAACCAUAAGGCUGUCAAGUUUUUGGGGCAAGAUUAUGAUCUGCUAAAGGCACAGUGCCUCCAGAGGAGGACCUUGUUUGAGGAUUCUUACUUCCCAACCAGCGCCUCCUCACUAGGCUUUAAUGAGCUCGGGCCCCGCUCCUCCAAAACGCAUGGUGUGCGCUGGAUGAGGCCACCGGAGCUCAGCUCUCGUCCCCAGUUCAUCAUGGAUGGAGCCACUCGCACAGAUAUCUGUCAGGGAGCACUGGGUGAUUGUUGGCUGCUGGCUGCUAUUGCUUCUCUCACUCUUAAUGAUAACCUGCUGCACCGUGUGGUUCCACAUGGACAGAGCUUCAGUGACGACUACGCUGGUAUCUUUCACUUCCAGUUCUGGCAGUUUGGUGAGUGGAUUGAUGUGGUGAUUGACGACAGGCUGCCGGUUAAAGACGGGAAGUUGCUGUUUGUGCACUCUGCAGAGGGCGGCGAGUUCUGGAGCGCUCUGGUGGAAAAGGCCUACGCCAAGUUGAACGGCUGCUAUGAGGCUCUAUCAGGUGGCAGUACAUCAGAAGGCUUUGAGGACUUCACAGGCGGUGUGACGGAGAUGUAUGAGCUGAAUAAAGCUCCAGCGGAUCUUUUCAACAUCAUAAGGAGGGCCGUGGAGAGAGGAUCACUGCUGGGCUGCUCCAUAGAUAUCACCAGUACUCGUGACAUGGAGGCCGUCACUUUCAAGAAACUGGUUAAAGGCCAUGCCUACUCAGUGACCGGAGUGGAGGAGGUGGUUUUCAGAGGAAGCCCCACCAAGCUGGUGCGCAUCAGAAACCCCUGGGGAGAGGUGGAGUGGACUGGAGCCUGGAGUGAUAAUGCGAGAGAGUGGGACAGUGUGGACUCGUCCACCAGGAGCAAACUGCAGAACCGCAGUGAAGAUGGAGAGUUCUGGAUGUCGUUCAGUGACUUCCUGCGGGAGUUCAGCAGGUUGGAGAUCUGUAACCUGACAGCAGAUGCUCUGGAAGCCAGUCAGGUGAAGAAGUGGAGCACGUCUCUCUACGGGGGCGAGUGGAGGAGAGGCAGCACAGCUGGAGGCUGCAGGAACUACCCAACUACGUUUUGGCUCAACCCUCAGUUCAAGAUUAACUUGAAGCACCCGGAUACAGCAGGACAGGACAAGUGCACCUUCCUAGUGGCUCUGAUGCAGAAAGACCGCAGGAAACAACGCAAAGAGGGCAAAGACAUGGAGACUAUCGGCUUCGCAAUAUACGAGGUUCCCAAUGAGUAUGUAGGUCAGUCAGGAGUUCACCUGAAGCAAGAUUUCUUCCUCACACAUGCCUCCAGCGCUCGCUCUGAGCUUUUCAUCAACCUGCGUGAGGUCAGCUCACGCUUCCGCCUUCCUGCUGGAGAAUACAUCGUCGUCCCGUCCACGUUCGAGCCACAGAAAGAGGCCGACUUUGUGCUGCGUGUCUUCUCUGAAAAACCCGCUGACUCAGAGGAACUGGAUGAUGAAAUCAAAGCUAAUCUUCCCACAGAGAAUUAUCUGGAUGAGAGCCAAAUUGAUGCCGGAUUCAAGAAUCUCUUCAGACAGCUGGCAGGAUCGGACAUGGAGAUCAGUGUUAAAGAGCUCCAGACCAUUCUGAACAGAAUCAUCAGCAAGCAUAAGGAUCUGAAGACGGACGGCUUUAGCCAGGAGGCGUGCCGCAGUAUGAUCAGCCUCAUGGAUAAAGAUGGCAGUGGUAAGCUGGGUCUCGCGGAGUUCCAUGUGCUGUGGGAGAAAAUCAAACAAUAUCUGGAAGUGUUCAGGAAGUUUGAUGUGGACAAGUCUGGCACAAUGAGCUCCUAUGAGAUGCGUAUGGCCCUUGAAUCAGCAGGCUUCAAGCUGAACAACCAUAUAUUCCAGCUGAUUAUUCUGCGCUACACAGAGCAGGACCUGACCGUCGACUUCGACAACUUCGUCACCUGUCUCGUGCGCCUGGAGACCAUGUUCAAGACAUUUUACACCUUAGACACUGACAGUGAUGGAUUCAUCUCCUUAAACUUCAGCCAGUGGCUCACUUUGACCAUGUUUGCAUAAACAGACAGACAUCUGGAUGCCUGUCGCCUUGUGCUGAGACCCACACCUGCCUCCAUCUUUUACAAAAGUGCCUUCUUCAUAAUUUUUUUUUAAUUAUCGCUCAAGGUGAUGGUAUUAAAUCAGUAUUUUAGUCCUGUCUCUUUUUUUUUAAAGGUGUCCUGGUAUAAGGAGUGUUUUCAAAGGGUUUAAGUUGAGUUAUAUAAAGAGCCAGUCUGUGUUCUGUGUGUCAUUUAUGCAUAAGCCAAAACAGUAAGCCACAGUCUGAGAAGAAUGCAAUACAUAUAAAGUCAUCAGUCUCGGCCUUACAAAGUGUCACAGUGUAGUGUUUACAGCCUCUCUGACCAGCCACGUGCCAGCAAUCAUAAUUUACCUGUAAACUGAUCGUACUCUCAACUUUACCUUGUCAGACAUGUCUGUGUUUACUUCCUGUGUCAAAUGGAUCACUUCCUUUUAAUCCUUAUCUAUCAAUCAGUUCAGACUUCCAAGAAUGUACAGUAUAUGAGGAUUCAAAGGAUUUAACAUGACUAAACCAAGCGCAUCAGCAUUAAUCUGCUAUAAAUAAUAAGUUUGUGUUUUUAAUAAUAAAUCAAAUAAGCCAAAUGGGGUGGUGCAGUGGUUAGCACUGUCGCCUCACAGCAAGAAGGUUCUGGGUUCGAACCUUGCAGUCGACUGGUGCUUUUCUGUGUGGAGUUUGCAUGUUCUCCUUGCGCCUACAUGGGUUUCCUCUAGAGGUUUUCGACCUGACGUCAUAGGGUCACGUGAUACUGUUAACGCCACCAUUUUGGAGGUCAAACAAAGCCACGCUUAUCAGCAAACAACGCUUGUAAUAUCCAUCUUCUUCAUCGCUUACUUUUAUCGUAGAAUGACUGAUACCUGUUGUGCAGUUAGCUGCCACAACAGAAGAGGGGAUAAACCUGGAUUAACAUUCCAUAGGUUCCUGGCCGAUCGACAGCGUCGCGAAAAGUGGAUUGCGGCGAUCAGGCGAGAGAAUUGGCAGCCCACCGAACACACGCGUUUGUGUGGCGAACAUUUUGUCUCAGGUAACUUUUCCAAAAGUUUAAAGACAUCGUAUGCGAGGUAAAUGACAAAUUAUACAUGUAGCCUAGCACCUAGCCUACACGUAAGCCCUGUUAGGUGGUGUUCAGGCUACCUGGCACCUAGCCCCACUAGUCAGGCUACGAUGGUUUUAUCUUUAUACAUCCAUGGUUUUACAUACGUGAGAUGGGGACCGCUCGGCCUCGUCAAUAGGGCUACCUGGCACCGGGCUUCUUACUAGUGUUUGGGCGGCUUACGUGUAGUCUAGGUUUAACAUAUACGGUGCCCUCAGGCGAGGCAGAGCCAUGUUGUUGGGUGGGUUGUACUUUUUAGAUGUGAAUAUGCAAUGGACAAAACUAGAAUUCGAUACUAGACAUAUUAAAUAUUAUGCAUUUUUCUAUAUGAUUAAUGUAACUCUCUCAACCUGGACACUAUUUUUCUAACUGCAAUGAAUUUACUUUUAUUUGGUAUCACGUUGAACUAGACUGUUAUGGAAUUUUUUUGCCACAAAAUGUUGUUGGAAAUCUUUGCAUAUGUUGUCAUGGCAACCAUUCAAACAAUGCAUGCUGUGAAAAGGGAAAAUACAUAUUUUUUGACAAAUCUUUAAAGUAGGUUUUUCUAUUUAAAUAUUAAAAGUAGUAGCCUACUUAAAGUUAUUAAAUUUAGGUUUAGUAGCAUAUUGACAGUGUAACAUCGCUCGAUAACCCACAUGUUAGGCUAGCGGGAGUCGCCAUUGUUGUGACCGCCAAAAUGGCGCUAUCUGCUUGUCGACAUGGCAACGGUCACGUGGGUCGAAAACCUCUCUAGGCUUCCUCCCACAGUCCAAAGACAUGCAGAUUAGGUCAACAGACUGCUUUAAAUUGCCCAAAGGUGUGAAUGGAAGUGUGAAUGGUUGUUUGGAAAGGCCAUGUAGCGUGAAACCUGCAUGAACUGUGAUUCUUGGUUACUGGGCUGUGUGGGAAUUUGGGUGCCAUUAAGUUCUUGUUUGUAUGUUUUGUUUUUUUAGCCAAAUGAUAAAUCAAAAAUCAAUCCCAUAACUGAAAACUGCUGAAAAAAUGCACUUGUUGGAGAAGCAAACACAUUACAAUAGGCAUGGUAUGAUUUUUGAAGGGAAUAACAAGCAAAGUCCUUUUGAUAAGAGAGUACGUUAUUCCAGACAGUUCAGCUGUCAGUCUGAUUGCGUGUUUGUGCAAAACGCAUGGCAAACAUGAAAUAGCUGCAUGUUUUACAUGUGGAUGCAGAAAUCAAAAAUAUAUAUGUGAAGAACUAAAUGGAUGAAUUCAUAUUUUAUUGCCAAAUGCAUGACCUUAUAAAAGCCAUGCAGAAAUGCUGUUAAUUCUGUUAGGGCUGAUGCCUGUAUUGUGUUCUUGGUGCUCUGGUCAAAAAGGCACUUAGAGUUUCAUGUAUUCAAAAAUGUCUGUUUUCAAUAAAUCCAUUUUUAAAAUACA